AUGUUUCCCUUACUCCAUCGAGCCACUAAACAGUCCCCAUUAUUCAAGCUACAUCAAUUGAGAUGUCUUACGCAAUACGCAAAGAAUCCACAAAUUUAUAUCCAUGAGACCCCCCAAAAAGGCUACAAAUUCUCGCUAUCCAAGAACCCAAAUGCUUUACCCAUUGGAGAUUCACAAGUCACCGACCCCAAACCCGGAAACUUCACAAUCAACAAGAGAUUCGUUUCUGUCAUGAACAAGACUUUUGAGACCAAGGUCUACGAAGACUUUACAUUUGUAAUGGAGGCAGGAACUAAUGCCAACUCAUUCAUGCCAGUAUAUGAUUUCAGAGAUAUCCCGAAAUACUCAAGACAACCGUAUAUUGGAAAUGUGUUUGGGUAUUUGCAAGUGGACGCUAAUGCCAAGAUUGUUCCUGGAAGCUGGCAACGAAAUGAUUUGUAUGAGUUGUGUAGUGGUAAAGAUGGGUUGUGCCAUUUCAGUGAGUUUAUGUAUGAAACGUUGCAACAAGAGUGUGAGAAUGCAAAGUAA